CUGGAGGCGGUGCAGUGAUGAGAGGCUGAAAUGGAGCUGCUCGUCCUCCUGAUCUUCUUCCAUCUGAUUCUGGACAUUAACUCUCAAAAUCGUCCUCAGCCCCAGCUCUCUGUGUCUCCUGAAGUUAUCACACUGAGAGGAUCAGUGCAGCUUCACUGUCAUGUUCCAGACCAUCUUAAAGUGUAUCAGUGUUUUUUCUACCCAGAGACACAAAACACAAAUAUAAAACUCUCUCCAUCGUGUCAGCUCUCAGUCACUGGUUCUGAACUGAUCAGAUGGACAGGACACAGAUCUCCUGGAACACUUCGUAUUAUUUGUUACUACGCUUUGGAUAAAUCAGUUCAUGUUCCUUCUCCUCACUCUCUCUCAGCUCCAGUCACAGUGAUGUAUCAGAAACCGAGACUAAGCGUCAAUUAUGAUGAUCAGACUGAUGACAUCAGACUUUCAUGUGAAAUACCAGAGUCAGAGUCAGUAACUGCUGAUGUUAGCUGUAAUCUCUACACUGGAGAAAAUCCUCAGCCUUAUCUAAAGAUCCUAAGAUCUAAAAAGAAACCAUCUAGGAAGUUAUCUUGUAUUUUUACAGCACAGAGAAAUGAUGUGUUUAAUGUUCUGCAGUCAGUAAAGAGCAGUGAAGUGAGCUGUGAUUAUUCACUGAUCUCUGACUCGACUGCUCGCUCUCUAAUGAGUGAUAAAUACAAUCUGAUACCUUUUUUCCCUACACUGACACAGACGUCUACAACUGAAACAUCUACUGCAGGUUUAUUUCCUACACAGACACAGACGUCUACAACUGAAACAUCUACAGGUUUAUUUUCUACACCGACCCAGAUGCCCACAUCUACAGGUUUAUUUCCUACACAGACACAGACGUCUACAACUGAAACAUCUACAGGUUUAUUUUCUACACCGACCCAGAUGCCCACAUCUACAGGUUUAUUUCCUACACUGACACAGACGCCUACAACUGAAACAUCUACAGGUUUAUUUUCUACACAGACGUCUACAACUGAAACAUCUACUGCAGUAUCUCUGCUCACAGCACUGUCAGUCACCGGGGUCUGUGUUUUACUGGCUGGACUGAUGAGCGUCUGUGUCUUCAUGUGUGUCAGGAAGAAGAAGUCUGAGAGACGAGACUUGAACCCGACCCACGGUGAUCAGGGAGUCUUGAUGUCUAAGCUCAAUAUGAAUAAAUCGGAUUCAGAAGCUGCUGGAAUUUAUUCUGAGAUCAUCUCAGUGUUCUCACCGUCGCUGCCUUUAGACCUCAGUGGAGAUAUAAUAGUGGUUUCUCAGGAAACAGUGACUGAUGAGUCUCACACCUACAGCUCCAUCCCCAACAUUCAGCUGAACACCAGAGACACAGACGCAGUGUACAGUUUGGUGAAUAAACACUGAUGCAUAUUAAACCCUACAGAAUGUACAUCGUUACACACAGGAUUAUUCUGGUCUCCUUUGUUCUUUUUUCUCCUUUGACUUCUGUUGGCUUUGUAAUUGAGUGCAGACUGAAUAAUGCAGUCACUUAACUACAGGCUUGUAGGAUGAUGUCUAAGUUUCUCCAGAUGAACGUGAAGUUGUUCCAGAAAGUGGACCGAUUAUUUGUA